GGGUCCCCGCCCCGUCCGGCGUGCAAGGCUCUGGGUGUGGUCGCGGUCUCCUGCAGUGGAGCCUGCUCGCGGUUCGCGCCCCGCAGCCGAUCGCGCCAGCAGCAGCGUGGUGGUGGCGGUCGGGCUCCAGUUCUUCACUUGAGACCCCUGAGGGAACAGGCCACAAAGGAUGAGCGAACUGGAACAGCUGAGGCAGGAGGCCGAACAGCUGCGGAAUCAGAUCCAGGAUGCUCGGAAGGCCUGCAAUGAUGCAACGCUGGUGCAGAUCACGUCUAAUAUGGACUCCGUGGGCAGAAUACAAAUGCGAACAAGGCGCACGCUGCGCGGCCACCUAGCAAAGAUCUACGCCAUGCACUGGGGGUACGAUUCCAGGCUCCUGGUCAGCGCUUCCCAAGAUGGAAAGCUAAUUAUUUGGGACAGCUACACGACAAACAAGAUGCACGCCAUUCCGCUGAGGUCCUCCUGGGUGAUGACCUGUGCCUAUGCCCCGUCCGGGAACUACGUGGCCUGUGGAGGCUUGGACAACAUCUGCUCCAUAUAUAACCUGAAGACCCGUGAGGGCAAUGUGCGCGUGAGCAGAGAGCUGCCGGGGCACACAGGCUACUUGUCCUGCUGCCGGUUCUUAGAUGACGGACAAAUCAUUACAAGUUCAGGAGACACGACAUGUGCUUUGUGGGACAUUGAGACCGGACAGCAGACUACAACCUUCACAGGACACUCGGGUGACGUGAUGAGCCUGUCCCUGAGUCCUGACUUGAAGACCUUUGUUUCUGGUGCUUGUGAUGCGUCUUCAAAACUGUGGGAUGUCCGAGACGGCAUGUGUAGACAGUCUUUCACGGGACACAUCUCAGACAUCAAUGCUGUCAGUUUCUUCCCGAGUGGCUAUGCCUUCGCCACGGGCUCUGAUGAUGCCACUUGCCGACUCUUCGAUCUCCGUGCAGACCAGGAGCUACUGCUGUAUUCUCACGACAAUAUCAUCUGUGGCAUCACUUCGGUGGCCUUCUCAAAGAGUGGGCGCCUCCUGCUGGCUGGCUAUGAUGACUUCAACUGCAGUGUGUGGGACGCGCUGAAAGGAGGUCGGGCAGGUGUCCUUGCUGGUCAUGACAACCGUGUUAGCUGCUUAGGUGUGACUGACGACGGCAUGGCUGUGGCCACUGGCUCCUGGGACAGUUUUCUUAGAGUCUGGAAUUAAUAGUGUCAUCUUCUCUGAUCGCCAAUGGUAUAUGGAGAAAUCCAUGCUACAGCCUAUAGCUGUGAGAAAAAACUCUGCCUUCUAUUUGCAGAUGAAGAUUUUUCUAUUGAUGACUAUAUACAAAAAGCAGCGUUCAAUAAACUGUAGUUUAUUGAAACUGUUGUAACAAAAAUGGUAGUAAAAGAAACAAUCAAGACUAAGGUUUCUUGCCGAGGUCAAAGGUCAAGGUAUUAACUGAGCAGUGUGGUGACUUUAACCCUGACCGAUUCUUGCUUUGUGCUAAUUCAUUUUCUGUAGAUAAGAGUGCACACUGUAUAGCAGACGACCAUUGUGUUUGCAUUUUGUUAGAGACUACCCUUGAACUUUGUAUAUACAGGAAAUGUCACCUUUUUCCAAGUGUUGUCAUGGAAGAGGCAGGGCCUGCAAUGAA